AUGACCAACAUGUAUAACAUUUACACCUGCAUUUCUAAGAUUUAUGGAAAAGAUUUAAAGAAUCCUUAUUCUCUUUUGAUAAACGAGAUAGAUGGUUUGUAUGCUUUGAAGUCGGAGACUAGCAUUCUGGUCAUUGGUUCGAAUGACUUCAACGUCUACAGGCUCUCAGAUCACAUGUCCAAGAAGGGCUGGUCACUCAGCCCGUUGCAGUACCCAACGCUGAUCCACAUAGCGAUUACGUUGAUACACACGAAGGAGGGUGUGGCCGAUCGAUUCAUUCGUGACGUCACUGAGUGCACGCGGGAAAUUAUGAAGGUCAAGGUGACCAAAGAUACUGGAACUGCGGCAAUAUACGGAAUGGCUCAUAGCGUUCCCGACGUUUCAUUGGUCGCCGAAGUUACCGGAAGUUACUUCGAUGCCUACUACAGCACUCAAGUCAGCCAAAAAUCUAUUAGCACAAAUAAUAUUGAAGAUUGA